GCCAGGAGCCUGGAGCCAGGAGCCAGGAGCCAGGAGCCAUCCAGCGCCGGGAAAAGCAAGCAUGGCCAAGGAGUGGGGCUACGCCAGCCACAACGGUCCUGACCACUGGCACGAACUUUAUCCCAUUGCCAAGGGAGACAAACAGUCGCCCAUUGAGCUGCAUACUGAAGACAUCAGGCAUGACCCUUCUUUGCUGCCAUGGUCAGCAUCUUAUGAUCCUGGCUCUGCCAAGACCAUACUGAACAACGGCAAGACCUGCAGAGUUGUGUUUGAUGAUACUUACGAUAGGUCAAUGCUGAGAGGUGGUCCUCUUUCUGGACCCUACCGACUUCGCCAGUUCCAUCUUCACUGGGGCUCCUCAGAUGAUCAUGGCUCUGAGCACACCGUGGAUGGAGUCAAGUAUGCAGCAGAGCUUCAUUUGGUUCACUGGAAUCCAAAGUAUAACACUUUUGGAGAAGCUCUGAAGCAACCUGAUGGAGUUGCCGUGGUUGGCAUUUUUCUGAAGAUAGGGCGGGAGAAAGGCGAGUUCCAGCUUCUCCUUGAUGCACUGGACAAAAUUAAGACAAAGGGCAAGGAGGCACCCUUCACACACUUCGACCCCUCCUGCCUGUUCCCCGCCUGCCGGGACUAUUGGACCUACCAUGGCUCCUUCACCACUCCACCCUGCGAGGAGUGCAUCGUGUGGCUGCUGCUGAAGGAGCCCAUGACGGUGAGCUCUGACCAGAUGGCCAAGCUACGCAGCAUCUUCUCAAGCGCUGAGAACGAGCCCCCCGUGCCCCUUGUGGGGAACUGGCGCCCUCCACAGCCUAUCAAGGGCAGGGUGGUGAGAGCCUCCUUCAAGUGAGGCAGUGAAAUCAUCUUGCCCUCUUCAGGAAAGGAAACCUGCCACUGGAGAGCUUGCUCCUUGCCUCCUUCUGGUGCUCCUUACUCCAUGUAUAUUUCAUUCUCCACAAUGAGAGAGGAGUGUGAGAGAUGCAAUUACCAAGAAACCACAGUUACUUUUGACAAGAUCUAAUACAAAAGCAUGAAUUUGACACAUGACCUUUGUAAUAAUCAUCUUUUCUAUAGAAGUAAUAUUUCUAGCAAAGUUUCUAUGAAGAAGGAACAGACAUGGAAGAGUAAAGAUGUAGAAAAAUGGCUAUUGAGCACCAUUUUUCUGCAUCUCACAUUUCACAGAGCCUCAGGUUUUCCUAUUUUCAUAUGAUGAGUCAUCCAUCUUACAGAAAUGUUGAGUAAUUCUCUAUGUGGAGGUAAAGGUGUAUGAAGAUUAUGUAACAAGCCUGAAAUCAAAAUUAUCGUGGACACCAAGAAUUAAAAUGAGAGUGUUUUUACCUCUUAAAUAACACCAGCAAAAAGUCUAUCACUUAUUAAAAUUUUAGUUACUACCAAGAUUGCCUGGUUUUGAUUAUCAAUGAAAGGAAAACACAAGAGGACCAGGUGUUUUAAAUUUUUGAUUGAAUAUUUGAAUUUCUUCUUCAUAAGGAUGGUUUUCUUUACCUGAAGCUGGGCCAUUUAUUUUUUAUUUCACUACUGUAAUCCUUGCAUGCUUACUAAGACAAAAGCUGUUUCUGAUGUCUUUUGAAAUCUGAGGCUGGAAUUAAUGAUGCCUAGAACAGGAAGGAAUGGAUGACAGCUCUUGAAGCAGAAGCAGUUGUAGCAAUCACCAAUGCCAAUAAAGACAGAUGCAAAAUG